AUGCUCGUUUUACCCGGAAAUCCUGCCCUCUCUUCUUUCAAAGCGUCGUCUCUUUUGAAAAUAAUUCAAUCUCAUGUUCAAGAGAUUGAGUCAGUGUUUGCAAUUUUUGUACAUUUUGUGCAACCAAUAAACAAAGAUGCAUUAACUACUUUAAGUGAUCAGACUUCUUCCCAAAGAAAAAUUCUUGACAGCUUACUUUCUUAUGGAAUUUCUAAUGAAACAUCAGUUUCGUAUGUCAAUGAUAUCAUUCGUGAAAAAAUUGAUGCGUCAAUAUCAACCAAUUCAACAUCCGGUUCACCUUUUUUACUUGUAUUACCUCGACCUGGAACUAUAUCUCCGUGGUCUUCAAAAGCUACAAAUAUCGCGCACGUUUGUAAUUUAGAACAUUAUGUGGAAAGGAUCGAACGUGGUAUAGCUUAUUUUUUGAGAACAAAAAAUUCAGUUGACAUAUCCGAAAAACUUGUCUCUUUUGAUCAUUGUCUAUACGAUCGUAUGACUCAAAUUCUUUUGCAAAAUAUUCCAUCUUCCGAAACAAUCUUUAAACAUGGGAGCCCUGCGUCUCUAGGAUAUAUAAAUCUCAUGGAGAAUAAUGAAACAAAAGUGGACCAUAAUGUAGCGAGAGAGAAAUUAAUCAUGGGAAACAAAAAACUUGGUCUAGCCUUGGCUGAUGAUGAAAUCGAUUAUCUUAUAGAUGUAUUCGUGGGCGGUGAUUCAGAUCAUUGUUUGAAUAGAAAUCCAACAGAUGUUGAACUUUUUAUGUUUGCUCAAGUAAACUCUGAACAUUGUCGUCAUAAAAUUUUUCGAGCUGAUUGGACCAUCGAUGAUGAAAAGAAACAGUAUUCAUUAUUUGAUAUGAUAAGAAAUACUCAUAAAACUCAUCCGGAACGUACAAUUUCUGCUUAUUCAGAUAAUGCAGCAGUUUUACAAGGAUUUAAUGCUACUAGAUUUUCCCCUGACAGCAGUAAACAAUUUGAAUACACGUUAAUCGAAGAAGAUGUGCAUAUGGUCGCAAAGGUAGAAACACAUAAUCAUCCUACAGCUGUUUCACCUUUUCCUGGAGCUGCUACAGGAUCUGGUGGUGAAAUUCGUGACGAAGGAUCUGUUGGUCAAGGUUCAAAACCUAAAGCCGGUCUAACAGGUUUCAGUGUUUCGAAUCUUUUGAUACCUGGUUUUAUUCAACCUUGGGAAAUUGAUUUUGGGAAACCAUACCAUAUUUCUACUGCUUUAGAUAUAAUUAUUGAAGCACCCCUAGGUGGAGCAGCUUUUAAUAAUGAAUUUGGUAGACCAAAUAUUGCAGGUUAUUUUCGUACGUUUGCACAACAAAUUCCAAUAUCUGAAGGAGGAAAUGAAAUUCGUGGAUAUCAUAAGCCCAUUAUGAUUGCUGGAGGGGUUGGAACUAUUCGACCAAAUCACGUGUUUAAGAAAAAAAUCACACCUGGAGCUCACCUAUUCGUUUUAGGUGGUCCCGCAAUGUUAAUUGGUCUUGGUGGUGGAGCUGCUUCAUCUAUGGCUAGUGGCGUAAGUACUGCCAAUUUAGAUUUUGCAUCCGUACAACGUGAUAACCCCGAAAUGCAGCGUCGUUGUCAGCAAGUGAUCGAUACUUGCACUGCUUUAGGUGAUGCCAACCCAAUUCAAUCAGUUCAUGAUGUUGGCGCCGGUGGUUUAUCAAAUGCAAUACCUGAAAUUGUUAACGAUAGUGGUUUAGGAUGUGUUAUUAAAUUACGAGAUAUUCCUAAUGAUGACUUAAGUAUGUCACCGUUGGAAAUUUGGUGCAAUGAAGCACAAGAAAGAUAUGUGUUAGCGGUUGACCCAAAAGAAACCGAAUUAUUUCAAAAUAUAUGUCAACGUGAGAGAUGUAUUAAUGCAGAUAUUGGGAUCGUCACGGAAAAACAAGAUUUGAUAAUUCAAGAUUCCUUAUUGAAUUCUACACCUAUUAAUUUACCAAUGGCUGUUUUGUUUGGUAAGCCACCAAUGAUGUCCCGAAGAACAAAAACAAGAAAGAUGACGCGUAUUCCUUUUGAUACAAGUUUGAAGAGUUAUCUCCCUAAUAUUCAAAACGAAUCUCAAGUACUUGAAGAUGUUAUAUCUCGCAUAAUUCGCCUUCCAUGUGUAGCUUCAAAAUCAUUUUUAAUAACUAUCGGUGAUCGGAAUGUUACUGGAUUAGUUUCACGUGAUCAAAUGGUUGGACCAUGGCAAGUACCAGUCUCAGAUGUUGCCGUCACUUCAACUUCAUAUGGUAUUGGAGUCAUCACAGGAGAAGCCAUGGCUAUGGGAGAAAGAACUCCAAUUGCGUUAAUUUCGCCAGCUGCAUCAGCACGCAUGGCUGUUGCAGAGUCAAUUACUAAUAUUGUAGCCGCGAAUAUUGAAUCGAUUUCUCAUAUACGCCUUAGUGCUAAUUGGAUGUGUGCGGCAAAUCAUGAUGGGGAAGGGUCGGGAUUAUAUGAAGCAGUAAAAGCAAUUGGUUUGGAACUUUGCCCUGCUUUAGGAAUUAGUAUUCCAGUUGGAAAGGAUUCGAUGUCAAUGAAGAUGAAAUGGCAAGGAGAAAAUGGUAUUACCAAGGAAGUUACGGCUCCUCUGAGCUUGAUUGUUUCUGGAUUUGCCCCUGUUAUAAAUACUCAUAAAACUUUGACGCCUCAACUAAGAAUAGAGACCAAAGAACAGACUAUUCUCGUGUUUUUGGAUUUAUCAAAUGGCAAACAGAGAAUUGGCGGAUCAGCAAUCACACAAGUAUAUCAACAAAUUGGAGACGAAGCACCUGAUGUAGAAGAUGCGAACACGAUUAAAGCAUUCUUUCAAGGAAUUCAAAAUGCUCGUAAAAGUGAUGACGAAAUUAUUUUAGCAUAUCAUGAUAGAUCAGAUGGUGGUUUGUUUACUACUAUUGCUGAGAUGUCAUUUGCAGGUCAUGUUGGAGUGAACAUAAAUCUUGAAAACAUCUUACAAGAAAAUGAUAUUAUUAGAGCACUUUUUAAUGAAGAGCUUGGUGCUGUGAUACAAAUCAGUCAAAAAAAUCUUGAAAAGGUAAAACAAAUUUUUAACGAGGUUGGAUUUCCUCUAAAUCAUUUACAUUGUAUCGGUGAAGUGACUACUUCAACCAAUGACAUUACAAUUAAGUUAAGAGAUCAAAUUUUAUAUAAAAUUUCUCGGGUUGAAUUACAACGUAUGUGGUCUGAAACUUCUUUUCGCAUUCAAUCUUUACGUGACAAUAGUAUAUGUGCUCAAGAAGAAUUUGAUAACAUAUUAGAUAUAAAUGAUCCUGGUUUGCAGUAUAAAUUAACUUUUGAUACUUCCGAGCAUAUCACUUUGAAAUUUAUAAAAUCACCAGAAAUUCGUAAACCAAAAGUAGCAAUACUUCGAGAACAAGGAAUCAAUGGUCAAGCAGAAAUGGGGUUUGCAUUUCAUCUUGCCGGAUUUUCUGCGAUCGAUGUUCACAUGUCUGACAUUAUAUCAGGAAAAAUUAGGUUAAAUGAUUUCAAGGGUAUAGUUACUUGUGGUGGAUUCUCUUAUGGCGAUGUACUUGGUGCUGGAUCUGGUUGGGCCAAAUCAGUUUUAUUUAAUUCUAAUGUGCGAAAAGAAUUUUCAGAAUUCUUUUGUAAUCGACAAGAUACAUUUGUAUUGGGUGUGUGUAAUGGUUGUCAAUUUUUGAGCCAAUUGAAAGAAUUAAUUCCUGGUACAGAAAAUUGGCCAUUAUUUAAAAAAAACAAAAGCGAACGAUUUGAAUCUAGAACUAAUUUAGUCGAAAUUAUAAAUAGAUCAAAUGAUGGCAAUACUAGCACACAAACAACAACGAAACCUUCGAUAUUUUUCACGGGAAUGUAUUCAUCAAUAUUGCCAAUUGCUUCCUCACAUGGUGAAGGUAGAGCUGAAUUUUCAAAUAAAGAACAAUUGGAACGAUUAAUAGCUCAAGAUCUUAUUGCUUUAAAAUAUGUAGAUAAUUAUGGAAAUCCUACAGAAAGAUAUCCAUUUAAUCCGAAUGGUAGUCCACUUGGGAUUACUGGUGUGCAAACUCCAAAUGGAAGAGUUUUGGCUAUGAUGCCACAUCCUGAGCGGGUUUUGCUUAAAGAAUCGUUUUCAUGGUAUCCUGUGGAACAGGGAAAAAGUUGGGGCGAAGUAGGACCAUGGUUAAGGAUGUUUAGGAAUGCUAGAAUUUGGGUUGAAUUAUCCUCUUAA